AGACGAGGAACACUCCUAGGACUAAUCUCUACUGAUAAUAAAAGUGAAAGCGCCUUCACCUCCUAAGCAACACGGAAAGCAAACAAUCCAGUCAGACCGGAAUCAGGCCACACCCUCCGGGAAUUCGAGACGAGCAAAGCCGUGAGUAACACAACAGGUGACAAAUACAAGAGGGAGAUCCUGCCUUCUGUAGGCAACACGGAAGAGGAAGAAGUGCGCAAUACAGACGUCCCGAUCUCUUUUGUUGGAUCUAGAUCUCCUCAAUGUAUAUGGAAUGCAUGAUGAGACAACCAAAACUUCACCGGUGAGAAGAGAUCAAGAUCUGGGAACACGGCAAGAGCAAGAUAACACCGACAUCAAGGGAACAUACCACGAACCUACCUUCAUGGUUGCCUAAAACUGGGAAAAUGAAUAACAGCAAAGUGAAAGUGGCUGUGAGGGUCCGUCCUCUGAAUCAGAGGGAGGAAGGACUGAACUCAGAGUGUGUUGUUCGGGUCAGUGAGAACCAGAUUACCCUUCUGCCACCCAUUUCCUGCAAGGAAAAAGACAGAAAAGAACCUCAUAUCUUCAUAUAUGACAACUGUUUCUGGACAGAGGAUAAAUAUGAUACUGGGCAGGAAGACAUUUUUGAACAUCUCGGAGAUGGAGCUCUUGAGAACAUAUGGCUUGGUUACAAUGUGUGUAUCUUUGCUUAUGGCCAAACCGGAUCAGGAAAAACAUUUUCAAUGAUGGGGACAGAUGACCAACCUGGUAUUGUGCCAAGAAUCUGCUCUGCUUUAUUUAAUAAAGAGUCCAAUGACUUGGAAACCAUCAGGAUUGAGGCCUCUUAUUUUGAGAUCUAUAAUGAGGAGGUGAGAGAUCUUUUAAGAUCAGCAAAAGACCAAAAGAAACUAAGAGUUCGAGAAGACAGGCUAAUUGGUCCAUAUGUAGAGGAGUUAUCUUGUCAUGCUGUUCAAAGCUAUGGAGAAAUUAAAUUACUGCUGGACCAAGGUAACAAACAGAGGGCCAUUGCAGAAACCAAGAUGAAUGAGCAGAGCAGUCGUUCACAUUCUAUACUAUCACUGACCGUUACACAAACAUGUAAUGAUCACAAGUCUGGAGCCUCCAGAGAGUUGGUGAGUAAGGCCAGCUUGGUAGAUCUGGCGGGAAGUGAGAGGUCCUACAAAUCUGGAGCCCAAGGCAGUCAGCUUAAGGAGAGUUGUAAUAUCAACAAAUCCCUUUUAACUCUCGGCCUAGUCAUAAAUUCAUUGGCUGAAAUCUCGGAAAAUAAAAGGAAAAGUCAAUACGUGAAUUAUAGAGACUCUGUACUCACCUGGCUGCUAAAGAACAAUCUUGGAGGAAACAGCAAGACGAUUAUGUUGGCCACAGUCAGUCCUGCAGCAGAUAAUUAUCAGGAAACGCUCUCCACCCUAAGAUACGCAGACAGCGCCAAACGAAUAGUCAACCAAGCUGUGGUCAAUGAGGAUGUGAAAUCUAAAGUCAUAGAGGAGCUACAAGAGGAAAUAAAAAGGCUCAGAGAGCAGCUGACAACAACAGAACAAGUGAAGGCAGAAGUACAGGAACUGAAGUUGCAUUUGGAAGAAAAAGAAAAUCUUCUCAGAGAUCUGAAAACCUCGUGGGAAGAAAAGCUGAAAAGGACCGAAAUCGCCACUCAGGAAUGGCAGAAGAAUAUAGAAAACAUGGGCGUCAUUCUUAAUAAACAGGAUGUCACAUUUAGUAAUCAAUGUUAUCUCAUCCAACAAAGUACAGCAUUAAUUAUCCAUAAUAUAAAUGAUAUCACCGAGAUUGGCUCUGGACCUUCUCAAGACAUCCAGAUCUCUGGUCCUGAGGCUGAGUGUGAACAUUGUGUGAUCCGGAAGACAGAAGAAGGAGAGGUUUUUCUAACUCCAGUUGACAAUUCAAAAACCCACGUCAAUGGCUUCUUGUCCAAAACAUUGACCCAACUGUGGCAUGAAGAUAAAAUACAGAUAGGAAACAAUGUAUUUAUUUUACACCUUCCCAACAGACCAAAACCAGAAUAUAUGAAGACAAACGUUUCUAUUGAGGCUGAGGCUCAAACAUAUGAUGAACUGAACACAGAAAAAUACAUCCCACCCAUAUUAUCUAAAAGAGACAGCUGGAAUGGUAGCAUGACUGAGGGUGAGAAAUCCAAGACUGACUCAACAAUGUCCGAAAUACACAAGACAACUGAAGGCUUCACACAAACCAUUCCAGUCUCUGAUGAUGACUGUAACUCUUCUAAAAACAAACAAAUAUCUGAUAUCUUCACCGAAAUCUCUAAUAAGACCAACAGCCCCCAUAAUAAUGUUAAUACCACUGGAAAUACCCAAUCGGAAUACCAGGAGAUAGGUGUGGGCACACAAGUACAACACUCCAUGGUUCAAUGUUCACUGCAGUAUGGGGAGGCCAGUUCUCAAACUUCUAAAACUUUACAGAGCAGCAAUUACUUUCAGAACACUCCACAUCAGGAAUAUAAAUGUACUUUACCAAGUGGUGGUGGAAGAAGGAACACACAUGGGAUCUUCUGUUGGGACAAGGAUACUGAUCUACAAUGGCUGACAGAUCUCCUUCCAAGGACCUCCAUCUCAGACGCCUCUAUCUGCUGUAUUUCACAUCCUCCUGGAGAUUACUGGAAAAUUGAGGUUCAUAAAUUCUCUCCAAUCAUUUUCUGUCACUCAUUCACUACACGGGCUAAGUGGACUCAGCUGGAGGAAUUUCUUAGACAUUGUACAGACGUAUGUGGUAAACGUGUAAUCAUUAUCAUGGCGGAUGUAAUGGAUGGAGACGCUGAGCAGACAGUGAGGAAAGAUUGGGGAAAAUGGAAAUUCUUCGACUGUGACCUCGUGACCCUGACACGCCAAGAAAUAGACUCGGUCAGUACAAACAGGUCAGCCCUACAGAGAGCAUUGACUGAGAAGAUUGAAAAUCUGAAAAGAAUUCUACAAACAUCUACAGACAAAAUUACUGUGCCAUGGAUGUGGAAAAUGUCAAGAAAGGAGCUUCACGUGAAGAAAGUUGAGGUUGGGAUCUUCUCCAGAUCGAGUGAGAGUGAUUACUCCUGGUUGGUGAACCUGCUGAGAUCGGCAGAUUUCUGCGGUUGGGUUCAGAGCGUCACCCCGUGUUAUAUAUCCAAUAAUGGAUUCCAGAGGUUCAGACAUGACGUGUCUCAGUGCACAUUUGGUAUUUUGUAUCACACAAAGAAUUGGGGAAGAGUCAAUGUGACCGAUGUGAAUGAUUCGGUGUAUGACGAGGAGCUGCAAUAUCUUCAUGACAGACUUGGGAAGGACAAUGUGAUUGUGGUGAUUGAUGAUAUGAAUGAAGUCCGUGAUCUGGAGAAGAACAGGAUCCUGGAGAACCAGCCCAGUAUCCGGGGGCUCGCCCGGGAUCUCUUCCUGUUUAGUCUUAAUGAAAAAAUGGCAAAGUCUGAUCCCCGACACAAGUCAAAUCUCAAGAGAAAAAUGGCACACCUGGAAUCCAUAAUAAAAGGUAAUCUUUAUUAUUGAAGAACAGAGUCCUUCUGACGUUUUAAUUUUCAUACAACAGGAAGCGAACAUGUAUAGUGGGAGAAACAGAAAUGGUCUUCUUCAAUCCAUCUGCUUCGAAAGGAGUCCAUGGCCACUUCCAACAUGAUCUUCAAAUACAGCCACAUAUUAUACAGUGUUAUGACAUGGAGAAGAUGACCCAAUCAGAUGAGUUGUAUGUGAGACAUGCAUAGAAUGUUAUUUCUGUACAAAUCAUUAGGAAGACCUCAUCUGGAACAUCCAGUUCAGCUUUGGGCACAAAAUCACAAAGAAAGGAUAUCGGGGAACUGGAGAAAGUACAGAGAAGGGCAACCAAACUGAUAAGAGGCAUGGAGGAGCUCAGCUA